AUGAUAUUUUAUCCCCAGCUGGGUAGUUUCCCCGAGGUUGGUAUCUACGAUUCUCCGCAAGCCAGCGUGCCCAAGUUGAUUUGGACCUACUGGGAGAACUUGCACCAGGAGAACACCAACUACACUGCCCAAGCGCAAAUCCAUUCGCUCUUGGCGCUCUGUGAACAGUCCUGGAGGAGACUCAACCCAGGAUGGACAGUGCACGUCCUUGACCAGGAGACGGUUUGGCACUUUGUCUCGCGAGAGGAUUUACCUCGAGGCUUCGAUCGCUUGAAGAUCCAACAUCGGUCAGAUGCCAUUCGAUUGGCACUGUUGGUGAAAUAUGGCGGUGUUUGGCUGGAUGCCACGGUCCUACUCCUUCGACCGCUGAGCAUGAUGAUCCAGGAGGCUGAUCCCAGCGUCAGGUUUUUCUAUGUCAACCGUGGACUCAAAGGUCUGCCAACUGUGGAUACCCAAAAGUACUCGGAACACCGCUACACCGCGGAUUUCCACGUGGAGAACUGGUUCUUCGCGUCUCCGCCACAGGAUCCGCUCACAACGCGCACCUUGAAUUGUGUGAAGCGUUUGCACGAUGAAGGAGAUACGAAACAUCUCACGGACUACCCUGAGGUCUUUACGCCGAGGCAGGUGGAGGACCUCCACGCUUUGGGCGAGUGGGCCUACAUCGCCACGGACGCCUGCAUCUUCAAGACCUUGGAUGAGGAUCGUGCUCUUACCGAGUGGUGGUUGAGCCCGAAGGUUCACAGACGAAACUUCUUGGGACACUUGAACCCUCAAUGGUUUGAAAAUCAGCAUCAAACCAUGGUGGAUAUGUUUUACCGAAUCAACCCUGAGAUUGUGCAAGUCUUGACGGAUGGAGAGUUGUUUUUGUUGAAAUUCACCACCGAGAUGCGAGGGGCGUUGAUCGAUCCCAUCUCCCCUCUGGAAAUGUAUGGCUGCGUUGAGAGCUCUUGGAGCAUCGUUCUGUUGGCCAUUGGCCUCUCAAACAUCACCAAGUGCGACGAACUUCGCAAGCCUGGCGCCAACGAGUGGCUUCCGGUGCCGGGUCCGGUCAUCACAGUGACCACCCGAACACAGGGAAUUCCAGUUUUCCAAGACAUCAAAGAUGCUUUGAUGCGCUUACGGAAGAGGAAACCCUCUACCCACGCCGCGGUGGGUGGGAAGGUGGAUAAGCUUCAAAUGACCGACUGCUUCCGCAAUGGGGACUUUGUUCGUGCUCAGGUCUUAACUACUGCUGUGGGAGAUCACUUGGGAGUGCCAAAGCUGGCGAUUUUGGACCGUGGACCGCGGCAGUUCAUGAAGUGCCCCAUCACGGGGAAAAAGGAGUCCAGUAUGAUUAUGUGGGGGUUGAUUGCGCAGACGCUGAAGAAGCUGUCGGAAGAGGAGCUGAUUGCGUUUCCGACGAUCAUCGCCAUGUUCAAGCAGCAGAGCCAAGACCCAAGAUUCCUGACUCAGUGGAGCAGCGCUGUCGUCAAGCGAGAAUACGAGGGAAUUGCGGCCUGGGCUAGUGCAGAUGAGCUGCUACACAUCUGGGAUUACCACAAGGAGAAUCCAAAGGUUUUGGUGCUGCCGGCCGAUUCGGCCAUCGUCUCGGUGGCGCUCUGUCCCCCACGUCUUGGGGUCUUCGAUCAGCAGGUGCAGUGGCUUCUGGUGAUUUGCACACGGCUCACAGUCAGUCUGGUUGGACUUCACUAUGAGCCCUCCACUGGACUCGCAAGGCCUACCGAUCGAUCCCUCAACUCCCAAAAGCCCGAGACGACCUUGGUGACCACAGCAGGCGUUGCGACUUCACUCUUUCAUCCAAGACCAGGCACCGACGAAGCGGAUGGCCUGACACUGCUGCAACUGGAAGGCUAUAGCGCGCGUUGCGAGGGUGCGCUCUUUCAUCUCAUCCGACACACCUCGGACGGGCACAUCCUGCUGGCCUCGGGAGCACCACAGGUCUAUGAGCUCGCCUACUCUCAAAGUGCGGGCUGGUUCACCUCGAAAUGCCGCCUGAUUCGCCACGCGGGUGGGCUACAGGAAACCUUGGAUGGAUACUUUGGAUGGUUCAGCAAUGGCGACUUCGCUUGUUGGAAUGCGCUUCCCAGGCCCGUGUUGAACUGGGGUGCCUUGGUGAAAAGGAUCUUGAAGAUCCGAAAGUUACAGAGGUUGUUCGCCUUUGUGGGGCCAGUAGACCCCAUGGUGAUGAUGGCGCAAAUGCUCCAACAAAUGCAUGUGGCCAACCAGAACACCAUGCAGCUGAUCCAACAGAAUCAGCAAGCAAUGGAGGCCAGAGACGCAGCGAUGAGGCAAGCUUUGGGCGUGCAGAGAGAAGAGACGACUGAGUCCGUGAGAGUGUUGAGUGAGUCCUUGGCAAAGCUGGCACCCAAGGACAAGUCAGGAGUGGUCGAUGUUAAAGGAGUCGGCAAACCUGAGGUGCUCCAAGGCGAGACAAAAGAGCAAAUAAAGCAGAAGUGGCCUCUAUGGUCAUUUGGUUUCACGACGUGGUUCGUAUCCCAAUACGAACAAGCAGAUGAGAUGUUGAAGUGGGCGGCAGCCUACAACGGAGUCGUGGAUGAUCGGGCGAUAGAGCUUGAAGUGGCCACCAGGCCAGGAUGGGAUGAUGCUGCUCGAGUGAACCGGCAGCUACACACGGCCUUGGUGUCCUUGACCAAGGGUGAGACUCUGUCUAUCCUACGCAAUUCGUUAGCCCAAAGUGGACUUGAUGGAUGGAGGCGACUUAGUCGAGAGUACGAGCCGCAGACCGCGCAGUCCAACUACCACUUGUUGGCAAAAGUGUUGAGGCCUACAAAGGCCAAGGACUUGUCGAGCCUACGUGGAGCUAUCGAGACGUGGGAACGUCUCUACACUCAGUACCAAGAGAGGACCAGUGACGCGUUGAGCGAUCCCACUCGUCGCCUAUGCCUUCAGUCUUUGUGCCCUGACUCUCUAGCUGAACACCUGGACUUACACGCAAGCAGACUCGCGAGCUACGAUGCUAUGAGGGCUGAGAUCGACACGUACUUGGACAUCAAGACGUCGGUUCCCAUGCGCAAUCCGGACGCCAUGGAUGUUGACUGUUGGGACAGGACCGGAAAAGGCAAAGGAACUGGCGGAAAGAACGGAAAAGGCAAGAAGUCUGACGGCAAAGGCAAAGGGUCCUGGAAAGGAUCCAACAAAGGUAAAGAUUCCAAAGGCAAAGGAAAGCCUGGGAUUAAGUCUCUGGAAGGAGAGGCGCAGGACUCCAAAGAAAAGGGUGCUGAGGCUGAAAUCCAAGCGAUUUUCGUCCUGGAGGAGAGCAAGCCUAAGUCCGACGAGGAAUCCAGUAGAGGAAAGUCCACCGGUGAAGGCCGAGGAAAAGGAACUGGGUCAACCGAGGCGUUUAUCCGCUCUCUCCUUACCAACCUGAAGUCGGUGGAAGCGCGAGAGAUUCACCGAGCCAAAGUCGAGCUGAGCAAAGGAGGAUCCGACGAGGAUCGUCAACGGAAGUUGGAGGAGGAAAUCGCGGCAAGAAAGCAACAGCUUGAGGUCCUGAAAGGACGGAGUGCACGCUUCGAAGAAGAUCCACGGUACCGACAGGACAUCCGCGCUGGCCACAGCGUGCGGCUGUCCAAGCGAAAAUGGAAAAGCCGCGUGCGAGCGGCAAAGCACCGUGCGGAAGGGUCCACCGAAAGGGCCUUUGAAAGAAAGGAGCUUGACAACAAAUGGCACGCCAAGUUCCGCGGUUCGACCGAGGAUGUCGAGUGGAAAGCUGGAGUGGACACUCGCCGCCAACACCAGAUCGACCGAUACGGAGGUCGGUUCGAAGGAGACCGGGAGGACUUGCGGCCUGACUUGGUGAUGAGGGCUCUGAACUAUAAGGAGCGGAAGGAGUUCCGCCAGGAGGACGAUGAGCCUCUGGAAGAAGUCAAGUUUCGCAAUUGGUCCAGACCGCAAUGGAUGAAGCGCAACACAGCCGAGGCCAAGCACAAACACCUCAAGAGAACGGGUUGGAGACUCAGCCUGUUGCGGCAACGGAGCAAGGCUAAACGGGCGAAGUUAUGGAAGGAAGGUGCCCAUGUCCGCGCACGGAAAGGGUCGCUUCGACCGCUUCCGGCGGACAAAGGGUCCACGAAGAGAGAGCCAGACUUCGAGUUGCUCGCAGACCAGGCCUGGGCCAGAAAGAAGGCCAGGAUUGAGGAGCCGAACCUGGAAAACCUUGUAGACGUGGCUUGGUCCAGGAAGGAGAUCAAGACCCUGUCGCAAAAUCUUGAAUCGGCAGAAGACGACCAGGAAGCCGCUGAGAUCGAAGAGGAGAUCAGGGUGCAUGAGGCCAAAAUUGCAUCUUUGAUGCCGAGCAACGAGCAGAGAGACGAGCCACCAUCCACCGCAUGUGGGAGCCGAGACGUGCCCUGCAACGACUAUGAGGAGGUGGUUGUCGAAGAGGAGCCUGUGGUUGGACAACCCGACGUCUCUGAGGAUGACGAUGAGACUUGGGGGAAAUGGAAACCGAGUCAAUGCUUGGUGGACUUGGGGUUCUCCAAACAGGAGGCCCAUCAUUUGGUGCGCCACUACCGUGACGAGGGCUCCGUGGAGAGCCUUGAGAUCUUCAGCGUGGACGAGCCGGCAAUCGACGGCGAAUGGGAAAAGGUCUACGUCACUGUCGACAGUGGAGCUGCUGUUACUUGCUUUCCGGAAUCCCUGGUCCAAGGUUACCAAGUGGGUGAUCACUCUGGGCCAAAGCAGUAUACCAGUGCUUCAAACCACGAAGUGACGGCGUUGGGAAGCGCCAGCCCUGUGAUCUGCUUUGAAGAUUGGCAGGUCAACAAGGUCGAGGCUGUGGUGCUGUCCCCUCUGAAGAGGCCGUUGUUCAGCACCAGCCGAAUGGUUGCGGCCGGAUGGAGGAUUGUCCACGACAGUGAAGAGAACGGAGGAUCAUUUGCCUUGCAUCGGGCAAGUGGAAGGAAGUUGAAGAUGAUCGUCAUGGGCGGUGUCUACAAGAUGCCCGUUUGGGUUAAGCGCAAGCAGUCAUCAGAAGGAAAAGUUUCACCCAGCCAUUUUGGCCAAUCCCACGGACCGGAUCGUUUCGAUCGUGUCCGAAAUUCUGACAUUGCACCAGUGGAAGGAGAAUUCGAAGAGGAAAGCCUUGUGCCUUCACCAAGUGUAAUGGAGGAUGAAUCGCAUCCGCCGCAGCAAGGAGAACCAGCAGGCGAGUAUGAGGAAACCGAGCCUGGGUUUGAAGUGGACGAAGAUGAGGCUCAAAGUGCAGGUGUCCAAAAGACCCCGAUGCUUCCAAGCCAAAGUGAGAUUGACGAGCACAACCUCACUCACCUGCCGUUCCGAAACUGGUGCCCGUUUUGUAUCCGUGGGAGAGGACUUUCUUCGGGGCAUUUUGCCCGCAGGAGUGUUGACGAACAGCAAAUUCCCACCAUAUCGGUGGAUUACUGUUUCAUGGGCGAUUCGGCCACAAGAAGUGCAGAUUUGCCUGUGAUAGUGGUCCGGGACAGAAGGACCAAGUCGGUGUGGGCACACCCUGUGCCUUCCAAAGGAGUUGAAAAUCCCUUCGGAGCCAACCAGCUGUUGAAGGACCUUGAGUCCACAGGGUACAAGCGUGUCAUCUUGAAAGGUGACCAGGAAAGCAGCGUUCAAGCUAUGCUGCAACGAGUUAAGAAUGGGUUCCAAGGGGAGUGCGUCCUGGAAGAGGCGCCUGUGGAAGCUCACGAAAAGGCCAACGGAGAAGCGGAGAGGGCCAUCCAAAUGGUCCAAGGAAUGGCAAGAACCCUGAAGGAGUUCGUGGAGUACCACGCCGAGGUCGAGUUGAAAGCUGACCAUCCUGCACUCACUUGGCUCGUGGAACAUGCAGCCACUCUACUUACUCUCUACCACAAGGGAGUUCCAAAGGAUGGAAUGACUGCCUAUCAGAGGAUGAAGGGCAAGCCUUGGAGGGUACCAAUCCCUUCUUGGGGUGAACUCGUGGAGUUUCGACUUCGCGGUCGGUCAAAAAUGGAGUCGCGAUGGCAGCCAGGUAUCUUUGUGGGGAUUAACCGUAACUCUACAGAGAAGGCAGUGGCUACCCCCGAAGGAAUUCACUGGGUAGUUAGUCUGCGAAGAAAACCGGAGUUGGCCCGGUGGGAUGGUGCCAUGUUGAAAAAGAUCAGGGGAGUACCCUGGAACCCGGACGGUUCCGAGAGUGAAAGGUUGGACAAACCCUUGUCCUUAAAAGCAGAAGUUCCAGAGGUCGACGUUCGGGAGCCUGAGCCGUUUCGGCUCGAGCCCGCGAGUAGGAACUUGUACAUAACCCAAAAGAACCUUGAGAAGUUCGGCUACACAGCCGGAUGUCCAGCGUGCGACAGUGCACGAGUCGGUAAGAGGAAGCCCGGAAUAGCUCACAGUGCCAGUUGCCGGAUUCGACUGGAGAAAGCGGUCUCUGAAGACCCCGUGGAGAAGGAACGAUACGAUCGAGCCUUGCUGAAGGCGGCGGAAGCCGAGUUAGCUGCAGCGCAGAAGCAAAAGGAGGCUGAGAAAGCGGAAGCCGUGGUGGUCGACCAGAAGGAAGCUGGUGGAGCUGAGGCAUCAUCAGCAUCGGAUCCUUCGAAGUCUGGAAGGAUCGGACCUGCUCUAACGGCAAGGGCCGCUUCGGCCGCUGCCGGAGAAGAGGUUAGCAGUCCCAAGAGGUCAGUGGAGACUGGCCCAAUGACCGAAGAGAGGUCCCCGACUAGGAGGCGAGCCACAGAAGGCAGCCCCUCCAAGAGAAAGCAUGAGGGAGGAGGCGAAGAAGAAAUUGAAGCGUCGCAAGAGGCGCGUGUGGUCGACACUCGCGUGAUCGACACAGAAGCCUCGAUCAAUGAGUUGAUUGAGAUGCACCACGAUGAGUGCGUGUGUGCCAUAAUCGAUGAGGCAACAGAGCGGGGAGAGACCCGACCGGUGUGUGAAGAGCCAGAUUUCUUCGAAGCUCACUUCGAAGAAUUCUAA